GCCGUCCUUGACCGGUCCCUCUGACUUCCACGCAAUGAGGAUCCAUAAGUGUUGGUUCUGUUCUAGUCCUAUUUAUCCCGGCCAUGGUAUAAUGUUUGUUAGAAACGACAGUAAAGAAUUCCGUUUUUGUAGAGGCAAAUGCCACAAGGCCUUUAAAAAGAAGAAGAACCCACGAAAAGUUAAGUGGACCAAAGUCUAUCGCAAAUCUCAUAGCAAAGAGCUUUCCGAUGAUUUUGUACAUGCAUUUGAAAGAAGAAAAGAUUCCUUGUUUAAAUACAGUCGCGAACAUAUGCUCAAAUCAAUUGAGGCAUUACACAGAAGCAAUGAGAUUAGAGCUAAAAGAGAAGCGGCUUUUAUUAAGAAACGCCUUAAAAAAGGAAUUGAACUUAGGAAUCAGGAAGAUCUUGAACUUAUUAACACCCAGAUGUAUCUGAUCCAAGCACCAAACGCUCGGGUAAGAAAAGCGGCGGAACCAAAGGAAGUUAAUGUGUCUUUUGAUACUUCUGAGGAGGUCGAAGACAUUGAGAUGGAGGAACUUGAAGCUGAGGCCAGUAAAGUAAAGAAAGCCAAGGCGCUUCAAAAGCCUAAAUCUAUCAAAAGGAAGAAAAUAUCUAUUGAUGCUUAA